ACGCGCUCACACUUCUCUCUCUCUCUCGAUUUGUCACAGCUGUGAUUGCUGUUUAAUUUAAUAUUUGGCAAAAUCGAGAGGGGCUGUGUAUCGCUUUGUUGUUCGAUUGACCCGAAAUCGUCGAGGCUUCACCUCGGCGGGAUCAUGUGUUUUUGUUGAAUACAAAAGUUGAAAAGGUUUCAGUAAAAUCGGUACAGUUAGAAACUAUGACGUGCCAAAGGACAGCAGUGCCGGGAAUCGUUACAACCAUCCUGGGGUUGGUCGUGUGCGGUAUCGCGCUGAUAACUGGUGUCGAUGGUACGAGCCCGGAAACUACCCUCCUUCGAUUGCUGGAGCGGCCCUUCGCGCCUGUCGAAGGAGCGUCGGCCGAAUGCUCGAGGGACAGCAAAAUUUAUUUUGCCGAGCUGCGCAAGUACAAGCCUUGGGCCCUGCAAAUGUACGAUGCGUCGGCAAAAAUUUCCCCAGGAAUUAUAACCGGCAAUAUACAGCAGCUGGGAAAUUAUGACGAAUGCCUGCGAGUCCAAACGGAUCAGACGUUCAAUGCCCAAGUUUGCAGUGCUUCCGUAAGGUUUGAGAUUUUAAAAGGACCAAGGGUUUCUCAGGAAUUGGACAUGAAGGACCUGCUGCUACGAGUCGCCGAGGCUUCGAAUUCCAAGAAUCCCGUGGAAAAGACGGUAGAUUACGAGUGGAUGUGGUGCGUGCCGUCGACCUGCAACCACACGGAGAUCGGCGAAGCUAUAGAGCUCGCCCUCGAUCCCCUCAAGGUGGAGGACCGGCUGGAUUUCACGGUAAACGUCAACGCCAAUUCCUGCCGCUCGUCUAGUUCCGACAGAUAUCCCUUCGACCUCGUGGAUUGGUUAUACACUGGCGUAGUGUUGGUUUUUCUGGCGAUAAUCGUAGCCAGCACCUGGUACGAUCUUCACACAAAGCACGACAUUGAGGAACGCAAGCGCAAAGGAACCCGACACAAGCUGUUGACGGCGUUUUCCGUGUACACGAAUGGAAAAAAGCUGCUGAGCACCAAAAGAAGCUCGAAUUGCAUCGAAUGUCUGGACGGAAUCAGGUUCAUCAGCAUCUGCUGGGUAAUUUUUGGUCACACCUUCUUUCUCGAGGCCGUUGGCGUUAAAAUGGACCGCAGUCAAAUGUUAAAGAUGCACGUGGAGUGGAGCUCGAUGCUCGUGCUCAACAGUAACAUCGUCACCGAUGCCUUUUUCCUUCUCAGCGGCAUUCUCCUGGCCUACACGUCCUUGGCCAAGACAGGCAAAGAGUCGAAAUCUUCCUUCAACGUCUUCCAUCUUUAUCUGGGUCGCUACAUCAGAUUGACUCCGGCUUACGCGAUCGUCGUGGGAUUUUAUGCGACGUUGUUCGAAAAAUUGGGUUCGGGUCCUCGCUGGAGCAUUUGGAUCGGCACCGAUAAAAACAACUGUCGAGCCAAUUGGUGGACGAAUCUUUUGUACGUCAAUAAUUACGUAAAUGUCGCCAACAGUUGCAUGUCUCAAAGUUGGUAUUUAUCGGUUGACAUGCAAUUAUUGUGGCUAUCGCCGAUUUUUCUCUAUCCGAUGCUCAAGCUCAGCAGUGGAUUAUUUUUCAAAAUCGCGACAAGCAUUGGAAUCACCGUCUCGGUUCUCUUGCCGUUUUUCAUCACCUACUUCAUGCGUCUAACCGGGACUAUGCUGUACUACAAAGACUUGAAAGACCUACAAGACGUCUAUCUGCAAAUAUAUACAAGGGUGUACACGAGAGCUGGGCCUUACAUCAUCGGGCUGGCUUUUGGUUACAUGUUGUACAAAAACAGGGGCUACAAGAUGAAAAUUCACCCGUUGAUUGUUGUCGUCGGGUGGUUGACAGCGAUCAUCAGCGGCUCGUUGGCGAUAGUAGGUCCCCGUUGCAUGUACUUCGACGAUCACCCCUAUGACAGAUUAGAGGCUAGUUUUUACGCAGGUUUUCACAGGCACGUGUUUGUCGUUGCCAUAUGUUGGAUAAUUUUCGCAUCCGUCAAUGGAUACGCCGGAGUGAUAAACAGUUUACUGUCGUGGAGGUUCUGGGUGCCACUGGCCAAGCUCACCUACAGCGCCUACCUGACCCAUUACAUUGUCCUCCUCUACAACAUCGCAAUAGUGCGCACAUCGAGCGAUUUCACGACCUUCGGUACAGUGCACAGCUUCUGCGGGAAUCUUUUCCUCACGAUGAUCAUGUCACUCAUCCUGAGCAGCUGCUUCGAAAUCCCCUUCACGACCCUCGGGGUGAUACUGCUCGGCUCGUUGCGCGGGACAACGCGGGACUCGGGGAAAUUCAACGGCUCCAAAAAGUCGAUCGGCACGUCCAGCGAGGACAUCAUCAACUCUAACUCGACCAGCGUGGAGAGCGUCCUCUCCAUCAGCAACUCGGGCCACUGUUGCGUCAGCGUGGAGCCGUACUCGAAAAAUCACGUCAACUCCAUUUUCGACCCCAAGUACGUUGUCAAUCCGAGCACGUAUUGAGACGCGAGAAGGCGUUUCGCGCUUUGCUCCCCCGGGUCAAAGGUGCCGAGAUUUUUCGUUCGAGUUGCCGAUACUCGCAACGAUGGAUUCAAGCGCUGCGGGGAAUUUCGAUAGACGAUGCUUGCCUGUGCGCCUUUUACGUAAGCAACGACAGUUUGCGUUUGUGUUUUCAACAAUGUCUGUUGAUUAGGUCGAAUGGACCUGUGGCUUUUAGAGGUACCAACCGGCUAGUAGUCGAAUUUCAUGAGCAUUCAUUCAUGUUCCGUACCAUUUUUCCAUUUCUUAUUAAAUAUGUUUAAAAAAUCCAUGUUACAAUCCCAAAGUUCAAUAAGAUUUUUAUCGGGUUCUUGCUUGAUUACCUUCUAUAAAAUUUUGAAGUAUGAUAUAUUGUAACUCGAUAAACAAUCCCUCAAUAUUUAUUUAUUUAUUUAUUUAUUUUUUUUGCUAUUUUUGUACUGCAAUGAAAGAAACUUUUAGAUGUUGUUUUUUGCUCUUACGAAACGCUUUACUUUCACGAAAACAUUUUUUACUUUACACUGUUUGUGAUUUCUGAAUAGUUGUUGGUUGUAUGAAGAGAAUUAUGUGUUUAAGAGUUAUAAUAUUUUGUUAAAAAAAAAAAAAAAAAAUAUUCAGAGGUUUAUUUGCAUGACAUAUUUAUAAAAUUAAAUAAUAUGUAUGUUAAUUUUCUUUCUACAGUAACAUUUGGGUGCGUAAUUUGUAUAUAAUAGUUGUGUUAUGUAAAAAAAAUUAUUUAUUGUAAAAAAGUUAUAUAAAUGUAAUGUACACACAACAAUGUGCAGUAGCAGCAUUGAAAAGUAUUUUUAAAAAACGUAAAUAUUUUUUUUUUUUGGUUGUAGAAGACGAAGUAUUAAAGUUUUAAUGAGCUGUUGAUUCAGAUAGUACCCAACGCAGGUAACUAUUAUGAAAAAAGAGUAACAAAUAAAAGAGAUUCAAGUAGUUAGCGUGUGUAUAAUUGUGUAAACAAUACCUUGGUACACAAUCCACUUUUUCUUUAAUAUGGUACUUUGCAUGUAAAUAUUUAUACUUUCAAUUAAUAUACAUCAAUUAAAUCGACCAAAUAUUAUUUACACAACAUUCCUAAACUUAUGAUAUUUAUUGCAUUAUAAUAGCAAUCGGUACCUACUGUAAUAAUGUCGUUUAAUUAUUAUACAUUAGAUACUCUAAUAUAACUUGAAAGUUAAGGUGAUAAACUAUGUAUAGAUAUUGCAUAUUUGUAGACUUUGGCACAAUUAUUUUGUUCAUUUUGUAACACUUAAAAAAUUUUUUUUUGAGUAAAUACAU